CUGGCCGCAGUACCCGGAAGCAGAGCGCCGAGCCACGGUUCAGGAGCGGAGCGACUGACUACUAAAGAAUCAUGGUGCCUAAGGGAAACGCCCGGAAGAGGAGGACCAGGAAAGAAAAGGAUUCUGGAAUGGUCCUUUCUCAGGAGCGGUUGACCUUUCAGGAUGUGGCCAUAGAAUUCACUCAGGAGGAGUGGGAAUGCCUGGACCCUGCUCAGAGGGCCUUUUACAGGGACGUGAUGGUCGAAACCUACGGGAACCUGCUCUCCCUGGAUAUCUGUCCUACACAUGAGAUGAAGCAGUUAAAACCAAAAGCGAACAGUGACCGAGGAGAAGUAUUCCAAACACUGAUGUUGGGAAGACCUGAAAGCCAUGAAAUCAAACAUUUGCACAUCUGGGAAAUCCAGGAAGACUUUGAGUGUCGGGGCAGAGAUGAUGAAAGCAAUGACAAAGGAAUGCCUGUAACCCAGAAAGGAGGUCUCACUGAUGGAAGAGACGAACAUGGUAGAAGGGAUGCAGGAAUCAAACCCAUUGGAAACAGACUUCGAUUAAAUGUUCAGGAGAAACUGCAGCGAUUUAAAACUGACGGGGUAUUUUAUGAAUGUGAUGAAGUUGAGAGGCCUAGCAACAGUCGUUCCUCAUUUUCACCACUUCAAAGAAUUCCUCCUAAUGUCAAAACCAACAUCCCUAAUACCCAUGAGAAUGAUUUUAUCCAUCCUUCAGUACAGACACAAGAGCAGAAAGCACUCAGGAAAAGACCUUACAAAUGUGAUGAGUGUGGCAAAACCUUUCUUCAGGAGUCUCACCUUAUUAGACAUCGGGUCACCCACACAAGAGAGAAAUUACAUAAAUGUGAUGUAUGUGGCCGAGUCUUUAGUCAUAAGUCAAGGCUUGCAGCCCAUCAGAGAAUUCAUGCUGGGGAGAAGCCCUACAAAUAUAAUGAGUGCGGCAAAACCUUUAAUCAGGGCUCAUACCUCAGGAGACAUCAGAUCAUUCAUACAGGAAAAAGGGUAUAUAAAUGUGAUGUAUGUGGCAAAGUCUUUACCCGAAACUCACACCUUGUCACUCAUCAGAGAAUUCAUACUGGAGAGAAACCGUAUCAGUGUAAUGAGUGUGGCAAGGGUUUUAGUCAAAAUGGGACCCUUUCAAGUCAUCAGAGACUUCAUACUGGAGAGAGACCUUACCUAUGUAAUGAAUGUGGCAAGGCCUUUCGACAAAAAUCACAUCUUCGACUUCAUUUGAGAGUGGGUACUGGAGAGGGACCUUUCAAAUGCAAUGAGUGUGGCAAGUUCUUUAGUCGAAAUUCAUGCCUUAGAAGCCAUCGGGGAGUACAUGUUGUAGAGAAAGCUUUCAAAUGUAAUGAGUGUGACAAGGCCUUUAGUGUAAAGAGAGACCUUUUAAAGCAUAAGAAACUUCAUACUGGAGAGAAGCCUCAUAAAUGUAAUGAAUGUGGCAAGGCCUUUCAUCCAAAGUCACAUCUUCGCCCUCAUUGGAGAAUACAUACUGUAGAGAAACCUUUCAAAUGUAAAGAUUGUGGCAACUUCUUUAGUCAAAAUUCAUGCCUUAGAACCCAUCAGGGAGUACAUGUAGCAAAACCUUUCAAAUGUAAUGAAUGUGGCAAGGCCUUUAGUCGCAGUUCACAUCUUCGGGUUCAUUGGAGAAUACAUACUGGAGAGAAACCUCACAAAUGUAAUGAGUGUGGCAAGGCCUUUAGUCAAUGUGGAACCCUUGCCAGUCAUCAGAGAGUUCAUACUGGAGAGAAACCUCACAGAUGUAAUGAGUGUGGCAAGACCUUUAGUCAAUGUGGAGCCCUUGCCAGUCAUCAGAGAAUUCAUACUGGAGAGAAACCUUACAGAUGUAAUGAGUGUGGCAAGGCCUUUUGUCAGUAUGGAACCCUUGCCAGUCAUCAGAGAAUUCAUACUGGAGAGAAACCUUACAAAUGUGAUGAGUGUGGCAAGGCCUUUAGUCAGAAGUCACAUCUUCAAGUUCAUUUGAGAGUUCAUACUGGAGAGAAACCUUACAAAUGUAAUGAGUGUGGCAAGGCCUUUAGCGUAAAGGGAGCACUUUUAAAGCAUGAGAAAGUUCAUACUGGAGAGAAACUUUACAAAUGUAAGGAAUGAGGCAAGGCCUUUAGUUGAAAAUCACAUCUUUGAUUUUUCUGGAGAAUACAUCCUGGAGAGAAACCACACAAAGCAAUAUGUAUGCUGAGUUUCAAAACUGAAGAUCAGAACUGUAGAACAAUGAGAAUUUAUGUUGAAGGGUGAACUUUUAAAUGUAAUGGAUGUUUUAAAUUUUUACAUCAGGUAUGCACACCUUGGUGUAAUGAGAGCAUUCAUACAGGUCAGGAUGUAUACACAUGGAAACUCUUUUCAAGCAGUGUGUCCUUAGGGUUGACCCCAGAACCCGUAUUUGGGACAAUUCUUACAAACGUAAGGCAUAUGGUGAAUAUUUUGAUCAAUUCUUACAACAGACUAUACACCAGAGAAUGCACACUAGGAGUAAAUCUUUAGUUCUCUUAGAUGUUACAUACUGCAGAAUCAUUACAAGUCACCAGCUGUUAAAACUUCUGAUAUGGGACUUCCCUUGUGGUGCAGUGGUUAUGAAUCCACCUGCCAGUGCAGGGAACACGGGUUCAAUCCCUAGUCCGGGAAGAUCCCACAUGCCGUGGAGCAACUUAGCCUGUUACUGAGCGUGCUCUCUACAGCCUGUGAGCCACAACUACUGAAGCCCUUGUGCCUAGAGCCUGUGCUGUGCAACAAGAGAAGCCAUUGCAAUGAGAAGCCCCCGCACUGCAAUGAAGAGUAGCCCCCGCUCACCAAAACUAGACAAAGCCUGCGCACGGCAAUGAGGACUCAAUAUAGCCAUAAAUAAAUAAAUAAAUAAUUAAAAAAAAAAAAAACUUAUGAUGUGUAUUUAAGGAAGAAGGACAUUUGUGGAAAUGGCCUGUUGUCUUCAGUGUUUAAAUAUUUGAUUACUGAUUUAUCUUGAAACCCGUACAUUAGUAUUUGUGCCUUUCAGCCUGAAGUUUGAAGUAAUAAGGAAGAACAGGGACUUCCCUGCUGAGCCUGUGGUUAAGACUCCAUGCUUUCAAUGCAGGGGGCAUGGCUUUGAUCCCUCCUCGGGGAACGAAGAUCUCGGAUGCUGCGUGGUACAGCAAAAAAUAAAUAAAAAUAUUGGGGUGAAGAAGUAGAGAAGAAUAACUCUUGACUCCACCUGGGAGUGUUUCUUUUACUUUAACCUUGUAUUAUAUUGCUUUUGGUAGAAGUGAAUUACUAAAGGGAUGUUGACUGUAAGCUUAAAGUAUAUAUAAUGGGCCAUCUCUGGGUACCCUGCCACCCUUGUAAUGAGUGUUAACGUCACAUACCUUUGGUUACCUCCCAGGGACCGUCCUGACGAGGCCCAUCUGUGGUUGGCUUCACGAAGGAAAAAAUUAACAUGCCCCUUCUGGAGUGUCACCGGAAAAUUGAUCCGUUUAAGAAAAAAAUGGAAAAAUUUAUUUGAGCCGGAAUAGGGAAGAGCAUCUCAGAAAGCUCUGAGAACUGUUCUUCCUGUUAGAAAUCACGGCACAGUUAUAUAAUUUUGGAGACAGCUGUACAUCCAAUGACAUAUUAUUGACAGUUCACAUAAUCCAGGUCUAAGCAUCAUCGUGGUGGGUCGUGUGAGCCUUUACAAGAUCAAGAAGCAAUGUUAUCUUUUAAGGAGUUGUCCUGUUGGUGCUCGGGGACCAUUCUCUUUCUGGCUGAGAAGUUGUUCCUGCUGAUGGGUCAGGUUUGGUUGAUGCAUCAGGCAAAUACACAAUGUGCGGUGUGGAGAGGGAGGAAGCUACAGGGCAGAGGAGAGUUUGCAUUUAAAGUAUUCUUGUCUUGGGAUUUCCCUGGUGGCGCAGUGGUUAGAAUCCAAGUGCCAGUGUAGGGGACAUGGGAUUGAUCCCUGGUCUGAGAAGAUCCCACGUGCUGUGGAGCAACUAAGCCCGUGAACCACAAACAGCCUGCACUCUAGAGCCUGCAAGGCACAACUUCUGAGCCCAUGUGUUGCAACUACUGAAGCCUGUUUGCCGAGGACCCUUGCUUUGCAACAAAAGAAGCCACCGCACUAAGCCCAUGCACUGCAACAAAGAAUAGCCCCCCUGCUCAUCACAACUAGAGCAAGCCCCCUUGCAGCAGCAGAGACCCAGUGCAGCCCAAACUAAGUAAAUUUAUUAAAAACAAAAUAGCCCGCCCCCGCACCCUGGUCCAGCUUGCUCACUCCUGCUUGCUGUGCCCAGGCCGCCCCCACCAGAUGGGGUGCGUUAGGUGCUGCGCAGAGACACUGCAUCUCUGUGAACGUGCUGUUGUGAGCAGCAUCAAGUGUGUGGGCUGUGGUGUGCAGCCUGCAAGCCAUCUCUGUGUCCAAUGUGGCCUGCCUGUCAUGGCCCUGGGGGCUGGGGACGGGCGCAGUCCAGGUGCUGUGCACCGGUCCUGCCCUGCUGUCAGUGUGGAAAUUCACAGACAAACUUGAAUGGGUAACAACAGAAAACUGUUGGAACA